AGCCGCGUCUCUAGUUGUUAAGAUGGCGAGGCCGAGGUUGUCCCGGAGAAUGCUUCGGGUUUCAAAGCAUUUCCUGCAGAGUUUUAUCAUUGAUGGCAUGUGAGGAAGUGGAUUGCAAGUGCAAAUUUCCGUAGCACCCAAUCCGAAUCGAGCGUUGUCCAAAAUGGUGUUGGUAUCGCCGCGGUGUCCCGAGAGGUCCCCGGCCCGGAUGGAGGGCACUGCUCAGCCGACGACAGACUGAGGUGGAGGGAAAUUUCAGACCAGGCUGAGGCCAGCCUCAGGAUGCAGAUGCAAAGAACCGCUUCUUACUCAAAUAUAAACACACAGCUGGAGCCAGAAUGGAAUGAAGAACAGCAAAGAUUAUUAGAAGCACAAAAAACAAAUAGGGCCAAAGCUCGUAAAUUUACUUUGCAGACAAUCCGCAGGCAGAAAGCCCUUGAGGAGAAGCACAAAGAAGAUGAGGAAAAAGAACAAAGAUUUAGGGAGGAGGUGCUUCAAGAACGAAAACUGAAGCAACAAGAUGCAACUGAGAGAUUUCAACGAGCCCAUCUCCUGUCAUCACAGCGCAGGCAAAAUAUAAUUGGUCAUAGAAAACAGCCUACUCAAUUAGAUGAAGCUCUUGAACAGAUUCAUGGUUCAUUUUACGUGUCAACCUCUCCGUCAUGUGCUGUUUCAAAGCCCACAGUCAGCAAAGGGACCACUGAUUCAUCUCCAAAUCCACCAGCUCUUGGGGAGACUAGAAAAGUUUGCCACUAUAAGAGCCAACUUUCAGCAGCUAAGGCUUAUGCCAAGCUUAUGCAAGAGAAAAGUGGGGUAAAUUUGAAAAACAGCCGGUUACGCUUUCAGCAGGAGCUGGAGGAGACUCAGCGUCUCCUGGGAGAGCAACAACUGAAUAGUUUACAGGAAUUCCAAAAAGAAAUCAAUCAACUUAAUCAGACUCAAAGCUUAUCAAGUCUUGACAGCCUAGAAAUUGAGGGGCAAAAUGCUGAUCACACAUCAUCUUUAAAACAUUUUUUUGCCUCUGGUAAGAGAGAGUCUUAUCCUUUAAAAACGGGACACAUAAGUGCCUGGAUCAAUGACUUGGAUAAUAGCAGGACUCCCAUUUCUUCUCCUGGGAUCGCAGUAACAAAUGGAAUUGAAGCUUCAACUGCAGAGGAAUAUUUGAGUGACAAGCUACACACAUUUGCUUCCAAAAGUACUGAAUCUAAAUGUCUUGACUCAAACUCUGUUUCAUCUACUGAAAUACAUCAAAAUGCGUAUUCAACCAAAUGUUUUAAUAGCAAUCAACAUAAAGUGGCAGAUCGUAAUUCCCACUCAGUACAAAAGCAUCCAACAUCCACAGACUCUCCUGAAAGUUCUGUGGGCCAAUCUGCUCAUUCUGCAGUAAUUCCUUGCAAUGCCUGGUCGACGCCAGAUGCAACACCUAGAGAAACAACACAACCUUCAGGAGUGAAGGGAAGAGUAGAAAUAGAGCACCAAAGAGAACCUGCAUCAUUUCAUCCUUUAAAACUGCCUUUAGCAACACCUAUCUUUUUAACCUCAAAUCAGGAGUCACAAAUGGGCAGUGGCAGAGCAAAAACUGACAGUGUAAAUGACAGUCAAAAGAUCCAACAAGCACAUCAGCAGACAAGUGUGGGUGCAGCUAAUAGAUCUAUUUAUUCUCCUUUCACGUUGAACAAAAAUAUUGACAUUUCCAGCGAAAUUGAAGACAAGCAAACAUCACUCAACAAAUAUAACUUUAAUGUCAAAAUCAGACAUUCUGCAGCAGCCAGUCAGAAACCUGUUCAGUCAGAAGUGUCUCAAGCAGCAUUUAAUUCAUCUGAACCUGACUCUGGAACUAAAAUGACAGAAGGAAAAGAAAAUGAACCAGUAACACAUUCAUCAAUGAGUACCAGCAGAUUAAAAGCCAACAAGAAUUCUAUCCAAGAAAAAAAAAUCAAAAUUUUGAAGGGGAUACUUAAGAAAGUAUCAAAGUAUGGAAAUGUUAAGUCCAAAUCUCCAUUAUCUGCUUGUAAUGUGCUAGGUAUUCACAUGCCAUCCUCUAUUAGAGAUAGUGUGGAGCUUAAAAAAAUGAAAGACGUAGAAACUAAUAAAAAUCCAACAAAGAAAAAGCUGAGGUGGCUGGAUGAGAUUAACCAAACCAACCAAUUUAAGAAGGGGGAAGAUGAAGCUACUGGAGAAGAAUUUGGAAGUACAACAGACAUUAAAAGUUCAGGAUUAACAAGUCAGAUUCAAUUACAGUCAACUCAUUUUCAAAAUAUUGACCAUAUUGUUAAUGUUAAUUCAAAUGUGAACAAUAACAAAGAAUCAAAAUGGAACACACUAAAUGCUGAUCAAAAGACUGCUGUAAGUUAUGAUCUAUCUGGCCAUCAGCUGAAUGAAACCUGCGGAGACAUCACAAUGGCAGCACCUGUAACUUCAGAAACUGUUUCUGCGACCCAUGGAGUAACUUCAGCUGCGUCAUCUGAUUACCGUUUUACUAAACGGUCCUGGACAGCCACAGGAACUCGAUGCUUAGGUCACAAAAUGAAUGCAAAAAACAAUAUUGCUGAACCUGAAAAAUCCUUGGGAGAAAAAAAGCAUGCCAAAAUGGUUAAAAGAGCCCAUUCAGCUAAAGUUUCUUCUGGCAGGAAAGGUACCAUAAUCAGACCACUGUCUGCCAGGGAAGUAAUAAAAUCUCAGGGUAAAGUCAUGGUACCUCAUCCACCACCGAAACCAGCAACUGAUAGCAAGCAGUCGCAAAGGACAGCUGUCAAUUAUAAUAGCAGUUGUCAACCACAGAUGCAUCCUGCUCAUAUUAUUGAUGCAUGUUCGAACACGUCAGUGAAAAUCAUGCCAUUAGAUAAAGACACCACUGAGAGUGCGAUAAUCUCAGACCUUCAGCCUCAGGUAUAUUCUUCAAGCAAUAGGUCUGUUAGUAUCACAACAUUCCCUUCUUCCUAUUCAGUCCGCUCAUAUGAAGUUGUUAGUAAAGAAACCUCUUCAGUAAAUGCUACACAACAAGGAAAUGUGGAUAAUGGCACCAAACAAGACUCUCUUAAUGGAGAGAACGCCUUACAUUUGGAUUCCACAGCAACUUAUGAACAAAUUGCAUUGCUUUGGCACGGAGUGCGUGAUGCCUUGGCACAAAAGGAUAUAACAACUGGUAACUCUCAAAACAGCUUCUUAUCUAGGAAUAAGGAGCAUACAACAAACCUGCAACCUCACCGACCUAAUGUCUCCCAUUUGACCAUUGAUGGAGGCAGCCUGUUGAAUGGCACACAAUCGGUUUCCAGAGUAGGACAAUUAUUUUCUGCUCCUUCUGGCGCUAGAAGAAAGCACCCCAUGGAUACAUACAGUAAUAGUGCAAAAUAUAGAGCUCUUCUUGAGCAGAGAAGAAUAAUUAGCAGUUCAUCUGCAAGUAAAUCUGAUCAAAUAAGACAGAACAUUCAGAUUCAGCCAUUUCAAAGUGCCUUUGAUCCUGUUCAAACAGUAAAUGCUGCUCAAAACACCAAAGAAGCAGUUUCAGAAAGCACUGAACAGUUUAUGCUAGCAGAAAACCUCGUAGAAACAUCCGCUAUGGAUACUGACAUCCUGGCUGCUAUGGAAGCAGUAAAAACACGGCAACAUGUCUUUCUUCAAAACAAAGUACAAAGAUUAGGCCUCAGUGCAUUGUCCUUUGAAGAACAGAAACUUCUUCAGUCAUUAGAUCGUCUCAAUCAAAGAUUGAAGAGUAUCCAGGAAACUAUUGAAGCAAGCCCACGUAAUGGUCUUUUGCAGAUUCCAUCUCCUUUUGUCAUACCAUAUGGUGUUUCUGGCUCAGGGUCUAGACCAGCACAAGCUAUUUGUGGAACACAAAAACAUCCCAAUGUUACUGCUGAUAAUUAUGCACGGAUUCAGAGGAAAUACUUAAGAAACAAGCCAAGCUGA